CACCAACAAAGAGGGCACUAGACAAGAUGCCUCAUGCUUUUGAUGACCAAUACAUAGGAUGUGCUGAAGAAAUGGAAAGAAGUGCAUCUGAAUGGCUAAAAGACGAAAAGUCAAAUUCCGCAUUGUUUCAUGUUGUGUGGAUAAACGCAACAAAUAAAUGGGAAGAAGUGAAAAGAAAUAUUCCUCUCCCCAGAAGCUUUCAGGAUGAGUAUGGAAUAGCCAUAGUCGCCUAUACUAACCGCUUCAAUAGAGGAUUAAAUGAGGAAGUGAGGAAGAAUUGGGAAUCUCAAGCUGAAUACAAGGUCAAUUUCAAAUUCAAAGCCUUUCACUAUUAUUUGACGAGAGCCUUGCAGCUCUUACGUGGGAAGUGCGAUGGGAUGUACAAACAGACGGUGUACCGGGGGGUUCCCGAUGUUGAAUAUCAUUUCAAGGGAAUGGAAUCAAAUCCUAUCAGGUUUGGACAUUUUGCCUCUUCCUCUCUUAACAAAAAAGUGGCUAAGGAAUUUGCCAAGAAGGGGUCAUCUGACACCUCCACAUUUUUCACCAUCCACACGUGCUUCGGUGUUGAUAUCAGUAAAUUCUCAUACAACCGAUCCCAAGAGGAAGUGUUAAUCCCAGUCCAUGAGAUGUUCAACGUGUCCCAAGGAGAUGACGGAUUCGUCCUCCAGAGCACAAACCAGACCUGCAGCUACUUUAACUGCGCGUACCUGGGCAGAGAGAAGAAUAAAACAUGUGUUAACAACACUGCUACCAGAGGAGGCGUCGCCUUCCCCGGCGGGAUGAGCCCUUCUCUGUUUGGAGGAUCCGUCAUCCUGAUCCACGCUGCUGCUCUGAAGCUGACGGCCGGUUUCUAAAUUUUCCUAUUUCUGUUGCUCAUUUCUCUCUAGCACAAAUCACAGGGAUGGGGCUUGCCAGAGCCAAAGCCGCCCUGCUCUCCUGCCAGUGUUUGAAAUGGAAACCGAUGGUACCUGCUUGGGCAGCUUUGAUUGUACGCACCACAUUUGUAGAUCACAAUGAAAGCUCGUGGAUCUAUACCAACUAGCAUUUGUGUUACCAUGCUAGAGCCAUAAAUAGGUGCUUGUUGUAUAAAUUGUUUCUUAUAUUCCAGUCAAGUUGGCACUUUUGUACCAGCUUUUGAUAACUUUAGUGGAAGUGUUGUGAUCUGGCCACAGCAAACGUGUUGUUUUCACAUAUGUUGGAUUGUGCUCCCACCCCAAGAUAAGGUGAGAAGUGCGCCCUCUGAGGUGAGCUGAGCCAGGAGCCACCCAGCAGGUUCUUACAGUGGAUGUUAGACUUUUAGGGUACGUCUACACUAGCCCUCUAGAUCGAUCUAGGGAGGCUAAUGAGGGUUACCGGAAUUGC